CGUCCGAAAAUGAAGCUGCUCGUGCUGCUCGUGUGUCUAAUUUCUACGGGCUUCGCUGCCCACGUAAACAAGGACCUCGAAGCAGACAUCGCUACGGCACAAAGAGACGUCGAAUAUUUUACUGUCGAGCUGAAUGCCUUCUCCAACAGGCUCUUAGGCCUCGAGUCUGAACUCAACCUCGAUGUCUCCAACACCUGCGGUGAAAUCAUCAACGCCAUGACCAAUUUGACGGCUCCUAACGUGGACGAAGUUGCCGAUUUGAUGGAUACUGCAUACAACCAAUCUAUCGCAGCCAUUGAAUCCCUGAAUUUCAACCUGGAGCAAACGAGUCUGCUGCUGGUCAUCAUCAACGGAAACUUGCAGAACGACCUGACUUCGUUGAAUGCAUCCAUCUCCACUCUGGAAACGUACAACGCCUCAGGAGAUGCCAUUUUCUCAGCACUCUUCGUGAACCUGCAAGCGUCGGUGGCUAGCAUCGAGGCUGCCAUCCUCACUGGACUUGAAGGCUUGGAAGGUCCAAACGUGACCAGGGCCUGGGUUUCUUGGAUUCACGUGAAGGACGUUUUGCUCAACCAGCAGUUGCUCACCGAAAACGUCAAAAUCGUUUUUGACGCCAGGGCUACUAACGCUGUCAACUCUCUCAAGGUUGUUGCCGCACAAGCUUGAUUGGUUUUUUGUAUUGUUGAAUAAAUGUUUUUCGA